GAAGGACCAAAUCAACGAAGCCGAACUCAGUCACCCGAAGCGACAUGGCAGGGAAGGUCAGUGCUGGCGCGGCGAGCGAAAAAACGGUGGCCAAAAUCUUCGAAACAAUGGAAUAUGGACCAGCUCCCGAGGAUGGCAAAAUAGCUCAGGCAUGGCUGGAUGACCAUGACCGCAAGUUUGGCCACUUCAUCAACAACCAGUGGGUGUUACCGGUAGGCCGCAAGACUUACGAGACUAAAGACCCAUGUCAAGACACGGUGCUGGCCUCAACCAUCCAAGGGACCCAGGAAGAUGUUGACCAGGCUGUGGGUGCAGCCAAGGAAGCAUUUCAGUCCUGGAGUUCCUUGUCUGGCCAUGCAAGGGCUCGUUACCUGUACAGGGAGUAUACGAAAGCGGAAUUAGUAAGCACCCGGCCAAACAUGACACAGAAGGAGGAGCAAGAAGGGAUUCCCGCACUCUUGAGGCGUGAUAAUGUGAGAGUCCCUAGAGACAGAGGAAAGAAUGCGAAGACCAUUCGAGAGACCCGCGACUGGGAACAGUUACACAUCGUUGUUGAAGAGUGCGCCAAUCGUGCAAAUAGAGCAUAUAGGGGCUCCCAACCAAGGGGACAUAGCUCCAGGGGUGGGGCCAUGGGAGCAAUGGUGAAACUUUACCUCUCCUUUUUCUAUUACUUGAAUUGCUGGCCACUCCAUCCCAGCCUCCACAACGAGGAGUCUUUCCUCAAUGUGGUCAUACCAGAAGAGAAUAGUCACAUUGGGAUCCCUCCUUGCUUACGCAAUCCCUCAAUUACUCCCACACUCUCGACUUACAGGACAAGUUCGGGUCAGAUUUCUCAGAAGAGCUACUGCACGUCUAUAGCAGCCUUUGUUAAGGCUCAGAAGCUUGCUCCACCUUUGGUGUUGGAUUCGCUCUUGCCAGAACAUAAGUCUCAGUAUAACAUGGACUAUUACAAGGUUAUUAUCCUAUUAAGACUCCAAGUACGAAACUUAAGCUCGGUCUAUACCUUAAAGUCUUAUGUAGGCUGGGAAUUGUGUACAUCGUGCGAUGAAAAACUUAAGGGGGGCCAAAAGAACCGCCUGUUCAUUAGAGUGGAUUCAGUAACAGUUUCUAACUCUCGCACUCGGUCUCUUAUUUGUGCAUCCUAUAUUUGCACACAAAUCAAUCCUGCACUCCCAUCUUCGCAGACUCUUAACUCAAACAUGUGUAAUGAUAGACCUGUACUUGUGGUCUUCCAAGUAGAGGCACCACCCGGCUGUUUUUACCCACCAACCCUGAUCACCGAUGUUGGCACCACGUCGAAAACUGUUGUGGAAGAGAUCUUUGGUCCUGUGCUAGAUACAGGUGCAUAUUGCAUCGCGCGAAUGGAUACACAUAUGCCACAAACCAUAGUUGUAUCGCACCGGUGCGACUCUUCAAGGCAGGAUUCUAGCGGAUGGCGAACGUGUUAUAAGACAGAGUGGUUUAUUUCAGGACUCUUUGAAUAUGUGAAGCCAUCAUGGCAAGAGCGUUUAAGCUUUGUUGCCCCCGAGAUUGACCUCACGAAGUUUGGUGCUUCAUACACAGCAGAUCGUCCAUCUAUCAGCCCAGCCAUGCCAGAGAUUUUAAGUGGAGAUAAUUUACAUAUUAUCAUUAACAAACUCUACUAUGGCGGAGCUCAAAAACGGCCUGAUGGAAACUACUGCCGUGUCAUCAACAACGCUGAAGGAAAAGCCUAUGCUCUUAUUGGUGAAAGUAACAGGAAAGAUGUCCGUAAUGCAGUGGAAGCUGCAGCUAAAGCCCAGCCAGGAUGGGACAAGCGCAGCGGAUUCAACCGAUCGCAGAUCCUCUUCUACUUGGCAGAAAACCUGGAGCAGCGCCGGAAGGAGUUUGUAGACCACCUCACAGCACUGACUGGGAAGAAGACCACAGAGUCAGAGAAGGAAGUGGAUGCAACCUUGGCGCGUCUCUUCCACUGGGCAGCCUUCUGUGACAAGUAUGGGGGAGCUGUGCAGGAGACACAGCUCUAUGGGACGGUGCUGAGGAUCCACGAGCCUCUGGGAUUGAUUGGGGUGGCUUGUCCAGAUGAAGCUCCUCUCUUAGGGUUUGUCUCUCUCGUGGCUCCAGCUAUUGCCAGGGGAAAUGCUGUGGUUGUCGUUCCCAGUGAGAAGUAUCCCACUGUUGCUAUGGCUUUGUAUCAGGUGCUGGAAACCUCAGAUCUUCCUGGAGGAGUGAUCAACAUUUUGACUGGGGCGCGGGACCACAUAACCAAGUAUUUGGCAGAGCAUCAGGACCUCCAGUCAAUGUGGUAUUUUGGAAGCCUAGAAGGGUCCAAGUUUGUGGAGCACACAUCAGCUGUGAACGUCAAGAGGACUUGGGUCAAUUAUGGCAUGAAGCGCGAUUGGUUCGACUCGGAGCAAGGGCAAGGAGAGGAGUUCCUGUAUCAUUCUGUUCAGGCUAAGAACAUCUGGCUUACUAUGGGUGACAUCUUUGCGAAUUAGAUGAGGGAGAAGGCCGGAGGGAGAAUCCAAUGUGUCGUAAGGUUUGGCAUGACACCCAGUGCUUCUUGGGGAGGUAGAAGUGUAAUCUUGGAAUAGUGCCUUAUGGAGAUUUUUUUUCAGUAAUACCUCUUUUGUUAAUAACUAUUUUUUAUGCUCUUAUUAUCCUGUUAUUUGUUCCUAUAUUCUGAUAAGGUUUCCAGUGGAUUAAGUGUUCGAAUAACAUCAAGAAAUUUGGUUUUCUUAUGUUGUGUUGCACCCUUUCUUUAUUAUUUUUGUAUUUCUGACUAUGAAUUUAACCCCUAAAAGACAGGAACUUCUUAACUUCGUUUCCACAAAAUAGGUGGGUGAAAACAACACAAAAAAAUGUAAAAAGGAAAUGGAAAAAAUUAUCAGGUAAAAUUACUUUCCUUCUGUUUUGCCCUGCACAAGACAAAUCUAGUUCAGAAAAAAGCAAUUUAAUGUGUGACCCCUUUUACCCUGGGUAAUGAUUAUACCUUAUUUCGGCAAUUACCCUAUAUCCUAUAAUGAUUACGUUUGAGUAAUUUAGCAUGCAGUCAAUAUCAAAUAUAUAUUUGUUAGUUAUUGACCAUAUAUUGAGUUAUUAUAAAGUGAAUGUGGAAAGAGCAAAGAUGGUCUAAGUGUGGGAUUCUGUAUUUAGAUUUAGAUAAUUAGAUUAAAGGAUAGUAGUUUAUCCUUUUAUAAUAUAAUCAUAAAAUUAAAGACAGAGUUCUCUUUUUUUUGUCAAGGAAAGACUUAGUUCCUCUGACUAUGUAGUAAUUGUGCCAUAUUUUGAUAAAAAGAAGAGAAAUAAAAGAAAGUUCUGUAUUAGAAAAAAAAACUCCAGAACAUGAUAUUAUUUCAGAAUUGUUAUAUGUUGGUUAUGUCAUAGUUCUAUGUUAGAAAUGGUAAACAUGAAAGUGUUAAUUAUGUAGAAAACAUUCCAUUGUUUUGGUUAUUUUUAAAAAGAAGGAAAUUUACCAAAUAGAAUACUGUAUGAUAUAAUAUGUGUAUUUUCAAUGUCAGUACAAUAUAAGGUGGAUACAAGGCAAACCAAAGUAUUUCUAAUACGUUGUUGUGAAGGCAGCCCAGAACUUUGUUUGGUAAUGAAUAAAAUGCUAAAGAGAAAAAUCAAAAUUUUCAUACUUCAAACUUUUUGGUGAGCCAGGUGGCAGUCUUUUCUAUUCGGAAGCAAUAUUAAUAUGGAUAUACUGCCAUCUUUUCUAAACAAUUUAAUUCGUUUGUAUACUGGUUAAAUAGUUGUUGAAAAAAGUUCACUUGAA